CAUUCAGUUUUUUUUUUUUUCCUUUUCUCCUCCUCCUCCUCCUUUAUUAUAUGCUCGCCUUGUCUUCUUGCUUCCUCACCCACCAUUAUUGCUCUCUUGAUCACUUCUAUGUCGCAUUUCCAGAUUCCCUAAACUCUCUCUCUCUCUCUCUCUCUCUCUCAUCUUCAUCAUUGCAGAGAUCGAAAUCGAGACGAUAUAAUAGCUGGUGAUCGACAUUCGUCACAUUCUUCGUUCCUGACGACCGCCUUCGAGUUGAUCGAUCGAGAGAGAGAGAGGGGGGCAUGGUGCCGCCUUGGCUGGAGUCGCUGCUGUCGACCUCCUUCUUCUCCGUUUGCCCGUCUCACCGGGACGCGCCGCGGAGCGAAUGCAACAUGUACUGCCUCGGCUGCGAGUCGGGGGCCUUCUGCUACUACUGCCGGUCCUCGCGCCACAAGGACCAUCUGGUCAUCCAAAGCAGAUAAGGAGGUCGUCGUACCACGACGUGGUUCGGGUCGCCGAGAUCGACAAGGUGCUGGACAUAAGCGGCGUCCAGACCUACGUGAUCAACAGCGCGAGGGUCCUCUUCCUCAACGAGCGGCCUCAGCCUCGGAGCUCCACCGGCAAAGGCGUCUCUCACCUGUGCGAAAUCUGCGCGCGGAGUCUGCUCGACCCUUUUCGCUUCUGCUCUCUCGGCUGUAAGCUUGAAGGGAUAAAGAGGAAUGGGGAUGCGAGCUUUGUCUUGAGCGCGAAGAAUGACGAAGAAAUCGCGGAAAAGAAGGAAGGAAUGCCAAGGAGGUUGCCCCGUAUAGCAGACGAAGGAUCGCGUGAAGGCAGGCAAACCCACUCCCACUCCGCCCACCACCAUCCGCAGCCGCCGCUGACGUACAACGACGAGGACGACGUCUCCCCGACCACUCCGCCGCCUCCCUCAGCCGCCCCCUCCAACUCCAGGCGAAGGAAAGGGAUCCCGCGCCGGGCGCCUUUCGGGUUCUAACACGAAUCGACCCAAUACAUUGCGCAAAAAGCUACGGGGCGAUUCUUUUAAAAACUAAUCUCGUAAUCAACAGCUCAUUGGCGAGAGGCCACCACAUGGGGUUAGUGUCCUAAUCAAGUGAUAAGUUCUUAAUCAUGUUUAAGGGGUUGCUUUUUGGAGCCGGGGGGGUUUGACAAAAAACCUAAUGUUGAAGGGACAAGAUACUUCAAACGUACGGUGUGAAAUGUAUAUGUUGUACACACAUUGUAAGUUGUUCAUACGAAAAGGAAGGGACAGGACCAGAUUGUUUUAGCUGUGGGGGUCCGAUUGUUUA